AUGUCCCAGGAUGAUUCAAAACCUGCAAAUAAGAGGGAGCAGAGUAAGCAAAAUGAAACUCAAACCCAAUCUGCAGAAAGCGAUGAGGAUCAUACUGAUGAAGAAUAUGACUUGAUUCAAAUUGAGAAGCAUGGCAUUACUGUCAGAAUUUCCAAAUAUGAAAUCUACAGUGCAAAGGACAUCACUGUGAAAGUGAUUGAAGAGGUCCCACCUGAGUUAAAGCUGAAGGAGACAGAAGCCAUCAUUUCGGUUGGAUUGAAGAUGUCGCCUUCGGACGCAAUGUUUGACAGUCCUGUAAGAGUAACACUGCCCCACUGUGGUGCAUUUACAAAGCCUACUGAUGCAGAAGUUUACAUCUAUUAUCGCAAGAACGAUUCUACAAAGUUUAAAGCGAUUCUCUCCACCAGCACGAGUAUCCCAAAAUGUGUUGUGAGAGAUCGCGAUCUAGAUAUCUACCUGGAACACUUCUCAGAAUUCUGGAUUAUUGCUACAAUAAGCAUGAUAAGAAGGAUAUUUAUUGGGAAACGUGUUAUUUGUACACCAAUCAUUCCUGUACCAGAACCUAGAAAUCCCAUGCCCAUUUUGUGGGUCAAUGUCAGGGACCAAAAUGUUGCAGAAGGACAGAUUCCAGAAGGAUAUAAGGUCCCGAUUCCUGGGGAGCAGUUCUUAGUCAGGUGGACAUGGUGGACAUGGUGGAGGUCGGGGGAAUUGAAAAUUUAUUGCAAAGAAAGCACCUUGAAAGACAAGCCUCGGAUUCUCGAGCAAGGAGAAAUCCGUCACCUAACUGAGCACAAACUAAUGUUCGAGGUGGAUACACGAAACAUUACUGAGAAUAAAUUUAACCUACACAUCACCCUUCAACAGAAUACAACGAAGGAGCUCAUCGUUCCAAUGUCGUUAAAAGGUAUAAAAUAG